GCAGCCCAGCCCCUCACUCGCCCUUGCUCUUCCUGAGUGGUCGAUCACGCUGCCUGCGGUCCACGCCUCCCUGUCCGUCUCAUCCUCUGCUCUGAGUCUACAGUAGCCUACCUCUUUAUCAAUAACUCGCUGCAGCCCGUCGGUACUUUAUUGCGCGGUGAUUGAAUCCAGCUCAAUUUGUGCGCCGCCGCUUGAAGUAAACCAGCGCUUACACUACGGUCCAGUCUUUCUGACCCACCGGCUCCUUGAAUAACACCUCUCUGCCUGGCUGGAACAUCGUGUCCUUUGUGGGGAAGAUGACUGCAAAGCAUCGAAGGGGGAAAGGCAACCACAAACAUGAAGAUAACUUUUUCAAAAAUGAAGUUACGGAGUCAGAAGUUCGCACAGGAGUGGAUAAUCACGCUCUCCACUUGGUUUUAUUUCUGCUGAUUGUAAUUGGCGGUGCCACUGGCGCAUGGUUCUGUUUCCAGCAGCACCAAACUUUAACCUACUUAACAGACAAUCUCAUGGGCAUGCAGAUGAAAAUAGUCAAACUACAGUCCUCCCACGAAGAAAUGCGACAGUCAAGUAGUGAGCAGCACGUUUCAGAGAGCCUGGAGACCCGCCUGAAUGCCCUGGAGGACUCUUAUGCUUUGGCCCAGAAACAGGUGGGCAUGGCCUUGGCUACAGCUGAACAGCUCAAGACGUCUGACCUGCCUGCUCAGGUGCUGUCUCUCCACACGGAGAUGAAAGCCCGCCUGGCAGAGAUGCAGCAGGCCACGGUGUCUCUGGAGCAGCUGAGCCAGCUGCAGACCAUGCUGAAGGGGAAGAGUGAGGAGUUUGAGGGUGUCAGGAUUCACGUGGAGGACCUGGCCACACUGAGCGCUGAGCUUUCCCAGAAGGUUGAGGUCUUGACAGGGAGCGUGGGAGAAGCGGAAUCAAAGCUGGAGGACCGAGUUGGACAGGUUGCCACACUGAGUGCCACCCUGGACGGACAGGCCGCCGAGGUGCUCCGACUGAAGGAGCAGCUGGACACCUACCAGGCUCAGCUUGAGGCCAGCACACUGGAAAUGGCUACUGUCAGAGGGUUGCUUGAGAGUGAACAGUCCCAGCGGCUCCAGCAGGCCAGUGUGGAGGAGCAGCUCAAUACGGUACGUCAGAGUCUGCAGGAUCAGAACUCGGCAGCCCAAAGUCUGCACUCUGAACUCAGGGCUCAACUGAAGAACACACAAAAGCAGCCGGUGGGACAGACAGAGGAAGAGACAGCUUCCGCAGCCGAAGAAGAGGAAGUCCCUGCAGCUGAGGAAGAGGAAGCCCCUGCAGCUGAGGAAGAGGCUGCUCCUGCAGCUGAAGAAGAAGCUGCUCCUAUACCUGAAGCAGAGGCUGCUCUCGCAGCCAAAGAAGAGGCAGCUGCAGCAGCCGAAGAAGAAGCUGCAGCAGCCGAAGAAGAGGAAGCUACUGCAGCCGAAGAACAAGAAGAAGCUGCAGAAGAAGAAGAAGCUGCAGCAGCAGAAGAAGAGGAAGCUGCAGCCGAAGAAGAGGAAGCUCCUGCAGCCGAAGAAGAGGAAGCUGCAGCAGGGGAAGAAGAGAAAGCCCCUGCAGCUGAAGAAGAGGCAGCUGCAACAGCUGAAGAAGAGGCAGCUCCUGCAGAUGUAGAACAAGAGGCAUCCAACCCAGAAGAUGAGGCAGAGGCAGAUGAAGGAGCAGAGGCCAGUGAAGGAGAGGCAGCUGCGGAGGAUGAAGAUGGUGUGGAGCAGGAGGACUCUGUGACAGAGGAGGUGGAGGCAGUAGAGGAGGACCAGACAGAGCAGGACGAGUCGGUUGCUUUAUCAGAAAAGACAGCAGACGGGGAACAAAGUGAAGAAGAGCCUGAAGAGGAGAACCAGGAAGCACAUGAAGAGGAGAGCCACAAAGCAGAGGAAGAGGAGGAGGAGGAGGAGGAGGAGGAGGCGGCAGUGUCUGAAGGAGAGAAUGGACUGGGAGGGGAGGAAGUGUCAGAAGAGGAGCAGCAGCAGGAUAUAGCAGCUGAAGAGGAGGCUGAUGAAGGAGAGGAGCCAUUAGACAAUUAUGCUUUACCAGAGGAUGAAUAGUACAAGUGACCAGAAAGGGAUUCUUUUCCACACCGGACAUAUCCACCAAGGAGAAUUGAAACUUUCUCAGUCUAAAAUCACAGUCUUCAAUGACAAAUACCGUAUGAAAGCAUUAUUGAUUGCUGUUGUUUAGGUGCAGUAUUCGUUAUGUGGUUGCUCUUUUGAAAGGCAGACGUCAGUUAGAAGAAAUCAGUCGCUACAUGCUGGAGUCCAAGCUGAAUCCUGUGCCUCAAAAUAUGACAUGGCUGUUAAGUUAUGUAGGAGAUGAGAAAUUCAGGGUUUACCUGCCAAUAACAACCUCAAAAGCCUUAAAAGAACUGUCUUUCUACGGAGCAUUUUCCACUCUUCAUAACUCGCCCCUUUUAAAAAAAACAAAAAACAUAUCAAGGUUAGGUUCUGAACCAAACUGGAAACUAUAAAGCCAGUGACACAACAGCAAGCAAAUGCAAAACAUUUUCAUUAAUGCACUUAAAGCCAUAAGUAAUGCCUGUAUUGGUGACAUUUAAUGUCUUUUUGUCACUGCCUGAAAUGUAUCCUGAGAAUUUUAGAAGGGAAAAGAAACUGUUGCAAUAACUUGAUGUAUCCCAGUUGUUUACACGGCCAACUAAAGUGCUAGCAAAAAAAGCAUCUUUGAUUCCUGAAUGUUUUUUAAAGUAUAGGACAAACUGUAGUUGAUAGUUUUUUUUUUUACUUUUUAAAAGUACAUACAGUAUGUGUUUCAGUUCUUUAAAACUUGCUUUUAUCUAGCACUUUUUUAACGGAUUACAAUUCCACUCAAACCUACAGUAAACACAUGUAGCAUUGUAAGAUACAGUGGUCUAAAAGUCCUACCAAGAACUGUUUCAGCAAUAUCAUUCUACUGCUUUAAUACUUUUAAUUUGAUCAUUUUAAUUUGAAUGUACACAAUUAUGUCAGUUCAGACUUUUCAUCAUUUAGUGCUGUUGUGGGUCUUUAACAAAUAACUAUGCAUUUUCUAUGCAAUAUUUAAAAAUAAGUUGUUUGUAACUAUCAGAAGAGUUUAGUGAAGCACCUCAGGGACAAAUUGCUCUCCAGAUGGAUGGAAAACUAUUACACUAUUACAGCUAAAUCAUUAAAAUGCCACCCUGGAAACUGAUUACAUCUUUAAUGACAAAACCUGUCCUUUGAACUAAACCAACAAUUCACUGUUGAUAAUCAGAAGUCUUGAUUCAAAGUGCAGGUCAGUGCAAGAGCUUUAGGGUGCGCAGAAAAUGAGUUUCCCAGCAGGACACUAACCCUAAUGGAUCGAAACUAUGCCAGGACGGAAGGAGGAGCGAGGAGUGCCUGUGUUAAUGGCUCCACAGUCCCCUGAUCUCAACCCUGCUGUACGGUACCUGCACAUGUCUGGGAAUAUUCGAAAAAAAAAUUGCAAAACAUCCCAAAAAUGCUCUGAAGACAACUGGAAUAAUGUGAAUUCUCGAAUAAUGCAGAAACAAUGUGCAAGCUGUGAUUAGGGCAAAUAGUAGACAUAGCAGUUAUUAAUAAUAUCAAAUAUAUUAUUGUGAAAACAACCUCUUUGGAGACAUGACAAAUGUUUGUGUAUUCAUGCUUCACAAAUGGGUAAAUAAGUUUCUGAUAAGUGGAUUCAACAGAGUUCUUGGUAGUAUAGUAAUACUUUGGCACCACUGUUCAUUUUACUAAGACUUUUCACUUGUACAAAAUGCACUGUUUUUGCCAAUACAUUGGUUACUGUCAGUAUGACAUACUCACGUUGUCAUGUUUUUAAAAAUAAACCCUGGUUCUUUCACUUUUGUA